AACACUGGGGAGAGAGGCAGACCCAGGUAGCAAACUUCGGUGCAAGCUGUGGUUUAUUAUUAACAGUGUCGUGUUCAGACAAAAUAAGUACGUGGAUAAUGAAUGACAGGAGUGACCGGGUGUCGACCAGCAGCAGGAGGUGAACAUAGGUGAGGUGGGCCGAGCUGCGUCGCGGGGUCACUCCUGGGCUGGUCGGUGGGUGAUGGUGGCUGCAGGAAAAAACACAGAGAGGCGUUGGAACUGGCAAACGAACUGGUGACUGUGCAUCGACCUGUCUGGGAGGGUAGAGUGGAGCCAAAGUCCAGAGGAAACAGUCAGUGUAGAGAAUAGGAGCUGGCUAGAAGAGGAAAACGAAUGGAAGUCCGCGGGAUUAAACAGUGGUAAGGUUGGCAAGGAUGUCCAAAAGGAAAAGCAGCGCUAUCAAUGGCAACCCCCCAAAACGGAUCAAACCCGUAGCAGAGGAUAGCAGUGUUGACAGUGAUCAGGAUGAUCCUUUACCCGGUAACCAGGUGCAGUGUUCUGGUGAGGGAGUGGGUGAUGCAGGGAUUGUUGAAAGCAUCACAUUGAAGAACUUUAUGUGCCACUCUCUCCUCGGCCCGUUUGCUUUUGGUCCCAAUGUCAACUUUGUCGUUGGCAACAACGGAAGUGGAAAGAGCGCUGUCCUGACUGCCCUCAUAGUUGCCUUAGGCGGGAAAGCACAGGCCACAAACAGAGGAUCAUCCCUCAAGGGUUUUGUGAAAGAAGGAGAAAGCUCAGCUGAUGUAUCGGUCACCCUGCGGAACAAAGGACGGGAUGCCUAUAAACCUGAGGUGUAUGGUACAGCCAUCACUAUAGACCUGAGAAUAACACGUGAGGGGAUGAGAACCUAUAAACUGAAAAGCAGAUCAGGUCAGAUUGUCUCAACCAAAAAGGAAGAGCUCAUUGCUAUCCUGGACAAUUUUAAUAUUCAGGUCAACAAUCCUGUGUCAGUUCUCACUCAAGAAAUGAGCAAAUACUUCUUACAUUCCAAAGGAGAGGGGGACAAGUAUAAGUUUUUUAUGAAAGCCACACAACUGGAACAGAUGAGAGAGGACUUUGUCUACAUCAAAACCACAAAGCAUGUCACAGAGGAUAAAGUUGGCCAGCACAGUGAAUGCUUAAAAGACUUGAAGCGAAAGUACCAUGAGAAAGAGGACCGUUACAAGAGCCUGGCAUCACUUGAUGAAAUGCAUACCAAACUGGAGGAGUUACGGAAGCAAAUGGCUUGGGCUUUGGUGAUGGAGCUGGAGAAGGAGUUAGAGCCAAUGAAGCAGAAGCUGCAGAUAGACAGAAAGUCUACAGAGAAAUAUGAUGAGAAGGUGGAGGAAUGGAAGAACAAAGUCGAGCAGGCUGAGAUGAAGUACAGGCAGAUCCAGGAACAGUUGGAAGGGAUCACGCAGCAAGUCCAUGAGCUCCAACCGAAAUGUGCUGAGCUCAAGGCAGAGGCCCAGAGAUGUAAUACUAAUCUCAAGUCCAGUGAGGUCACUGUCCACAGAUGCAACGCUAACCUCAAAGACUUGCAAAGAGACAAAGCUCAGCUGUCCUUAAGAAUAAAUGAUCUUAAGCUGAGCAUCAGUCAGACAACAGGAGUAGAGAGUCAAGCCAGGGCAGAGCGUAUGGAGCAGAUAAAGGCUGAGCUGGAGAGCCUGAGUCACCAGACUUCUACUCUGUGCCAGCAGAUUGACCAGUAUCAGAACGCCUCCAGUCGUGUUAAGGAAGAGCAAGAAAAGAUGAGGAGAGAGCAUAUCACACUCCAGAAUACUCUUGCUGCCAGCAAAAGGGACCUGCGGAAUAUGGAGAGCAGUCGCACCAAUCGACUGCGGCGUUUUGGAGAGCACAUGCCCGCACUCCUCAACGCCAUCGAGGAAGCUCACAGAAGGGGUGAAUUCAAGCACAAACCCAGAGGACCUCUAGGUCACCUUAUUAACCUGAGGGACCCAGAGAUGGCUCUUGCUGUAGAGGUAUGUCUUAAAGGCCAGCUGCAGGCCUUCAUCUGUGACAAUCAUGAUGAUGAGAGGGUGCUGCAGGGCCUCAUGGCCAGAGUGCUCCAACGCAGACCUACCAUCAUUACCAGCCAGUUCCUUCCAUAUGUUCAUGAUACAAGAAGGAGGGCUGUGAAUCACCCUCAAUACCCCUCUGUGCUUCAAGCUCUAGAAAUUGAGGACCCAGUUGUGGCCAACUGCCUAAUUGAUCAAAGGGGUAUAGAGUGCAUUCUGCUCAUUAAGAAUCGCACUGAGGCUCGAAGGGUGAUGCAGGGCGCACGCCCCCCUCAAAACUGUGCCCAGGCCUUCUCUGUUGAAGGAGAUCAGAUCUUCACUAACCGUGUUUACACUGCCGACCAGAAUAGAGCCAACUUCCUCUCAAGAGAUGUUGAGGAGGAGAUCAGGCACUUGACGAGGGAGAUAGAGAACAAUCAAGCUCAGGAAGCACGCUUCCAGCAGCAGAUGACAAGGUUAGAUGAAGAAAUCAGACAGAAUGAAACGCUACUGAGAAGAGCCCAAAGGGAGCAGAAGACUGCCGAGGAAAAUGCCAGAAAACUACAAAGGGAGCUGACAGACCUACAGAAUGUGGAAGAGCCUCAAUCAGAGGACCUCAAGCCCCUGGAGGAGGAUCUUGAGGAGAUUGUUACUAAGAUCUCAUCCAAGCGUGCCGAGUACGAUAACGCCCGAACUCAGAUGGCUGAACUCAAGGCCUCCUAUGAGAAGGCAGAGCAGGAGUACAAGCAGCACAAAGAGCGGAUCAGCACCAUUGCUGAGGAAGCCGAUCCAGUCAAGGAGGAGCUGAAUAAGACUGACCAGGACCUGAUGAAAUGCAAGCAUCAUAAGAAACACUAUGAGGAGAAGCGCAGUGCCCAUCUCCAGACCAUCCAGGCUCUGGAAACUAACGUGACAAGCAAGGAGCAGGCAAUUGAGACGUCUGUGGCCAAGGCUACAGAGAUCAGUUCAGAGCGGCUGGAAGUCCGUCGGACAGCCAGGAGUCUGGACAGCGAGAUCAACCGUCUCAAGGUUAAGAUCACUACCCAGCAGGAACAACAGGGGGACCGUGAGGAGGUGGUGAGGCAGUACCAGGAGGCGCUGGGAAAUUACAAAAGCAUGGCACAGCAGGUGAAGAAUCUCAACACCUUCAUCAGAUGUCUGGAAACCGUUAUGACUGAGAGACUCCAAGUUUAUGCAGAGCUCAGGAGGUUCCUCUCAGCCCGCUGUAAAUACUACUUUAACAGCAUGCUGGCCCAGAGAGGCUACACUGGAAGUAUGACGUUUGACCACAAGAAUGAAACCCUCUCCAUUUCAGUGCAGCCAGGACAAGGAAACAAGGCUGACUUGAGUGACAUGCGCUCUCUGUCCGGGGGCGAGCGCUCCUUCUCAACUGUUUGCUUUGUUCUCUCUCUUUGGGCCAUCACAGAGGCCCCUUUCCGCUGCCUUGACGAGUUUGAUGUUUACAUGGACAUGGUGAACAGAAGGAUAUCAAUGGACAUGAUGCUGAAAGUGGCUGAUGGUCAGCGCUACAGACAGUUCAUUUUCCUCACACCGCAAAGCAUGGGUAACCUUCCAGUGAGCAAAAUCAUCAGAAUCCUCCGUCUGAAAGAUCCAGACCGGGGCCAAAACAACACAGAAAGAAAUGAAAAUGAUGACUAGUAAUGUCGCUAGCCUAGUUUAACGUGGAGACACUGGAACAGGCCACAGCAAGGAUGGUUAAAGUUCUGUUAUUAUUAAUUAUUAUUAUCAUUGAUAUACAUAAAAGCAUCGUGAAAGAGA